GAUCUAUCAAUCUGUGUCUCCUCACAAAAACACCUGACUCGGAGCAUGCUGGUCCAAUCACAGAGAGGCUGUGGGCAGCUGUCUGCUCCAUCUGUCUGCUGUCGGUUCGAGUGCUGAGCGCCGGUGCUCUUUAACUCUGUGAGUCUGGCUGUGUGUUCACUGUCUGUCUCUCUCUCUCUCUCCCUCCGUCUGUCUCUCUCAUGGCCUCCGAGCACUCAUCCGCUGAGAGUCGCUCCUCGCACCUGAGCUCUGACCCGACCACCGGCACCGAGGCUUCGGCCAACAGCAUGUGGGAGGACAGCUUCGACACAGAGAAUCAUGGUGUGAGCACUAAGAGAGAUUACUCUCCUGUGUCCUGGAGCGAAUACUUUGAAAUGAUGGACGAUGUGGUCAUCGGGUCAGGAGAGACUAAGGAUGUGUUUCGUGUGUAUAAAAGUGGUCAGGACGGACCACUGCUGGUUCUGCUUCACGGAGGAGGGCAUUCGGCUCUGUCCUGGGCCGUUUUUACGGCAGCGAUGGCCAGUCGGGUCACUUGUCGGGUGUUGGCCAUGGAUCUCAGGGGUCACGGUGCUACUCAGGUCCGGCACGCCGAUGACCUCUCCACACAAACCAUGUCCAGAGACGUAGCCAAUGUGGUGCGAGCUACGUAUGGAGAGACCCCGCCCCCCAUCAUCCUGGUGGGUCACAAUGUGGGCGGAGCCAUCGCGGUGCAUGCGUCCAGUGGAGCGCUGCUUCCCUCUGUGGUGGGGCUGGUGGCCAUCGAUGUGGUGGAGGGCAGUGCGAUGGACGUCUUGCACAGCAUGCAGAACUUCCUGAGAGGACGACCCAAAUCCUUCAAAUCCAUCGAUCAUGCCAUUGAAUGGAGUGUAAAAAGUGGGCAGAUCAGAAACCUUGAAUCUGCUAAAGUGUCAAUGGUUGGACAAAUGAGACGGUGUGAGGUGGAGGAAGGCGAUUCGGCCGAGCCGGUGAGUCCGGUGACUGAGAGCGUGGCCGAGGGGCACGAGGAGUUUUACGACCUCAACUAUGUGACAGAGAAAGCAGAGAGCAGCGCAUCAGCAGAGCCGUGCAGUGUGUACAGCUGGAGAAUCGACCUGUCUAAAGCAGAGAAAUACUGGGACGGCUGGUUCAGAGGGAUAUCGAACCUCUUUCUGUCCUGCAACGUCCCAAAACUCCUACUGCUGGCAGGCAUUGAUCGACUGGACAGAGACCUGACCAUUGGACAGAUGCAGGGUAAAUUCAUGAUGCAGGUGCUGCCCCCUUGUGGACAUGCAGUGCACGAGGACAUCCCAGAUAAAGUGGCAGAUGCUUUGGCAAGUUUUAUGACCAGACACAAAUUUGCAGAAGCUCGCAGUGAAACUAAAAGUUCCUCGUACCCGUUCAUGCGGUGAAAUGAGAAUAAAGCAGAGGACACUGAGAAGCAGGCCUGAAACCUCCACCAGAUCCAACAUCCUUCACAUCCAGCAAAAACAUCUUACUUUAGCCAUAAAUCCAGGAACUGUUUCAACUGUCACUAUCCUUGAGUUUAGAAUAAAGACUUGAAUGUUCAUUAUUCAACUGUGUCGGAAUCUCAGGAAACAUUUAAAUGAGAUGCAAUCAUGUGACAUCAAAGUCGAGAGACGUAAAACACUGUGUAAAUGAGAAGCACGACGUUUAGCCCCAAAAAUUUACAUUAAAAUUUAUUAAUAUUCAAAACACAGUCUUACAGAAACACGUGCAAAAUACUGAGCAUGAAAUGGAACAAACCUCUACUGAGUGAGAGUGUGUGUGUGUGUGUGUGUGUGUGUGUGUGUGU